AUGAAGGUCAACUUCUCCAACCCUGCCACUGGCGCUCAAAAGCUUAUUGACUUCGAGGAUGAGAGAAAGACUCGAGUUUUCUUAGAAAAGAGAAUGGGUCAAGAGGUCCCCAUCGAUUCCCUUGGAGAGGAAUUCGCCGGUUACGUCGUUAGAGUUACUGGUGGUAACGACAAGCAAGGUUUCCCCAUGAAACAAGGUGUCCUCCUCCAAAACAGAACCCGACUCCUCCUUGCUGAUGGACACUCUUGUUACCGAGCUCGACGAGACGGUGAGAGAAAGAGAAAGUCCGUUCGAGGAUGUAUCGUCGGAAACGACAUUGGUGUUCUCGCCGUCGCCAUCGUCAAACAAGGUGAAAAGGAUAUCCCAGGUCUUACCGACACUGUCCUCCCCAAACGACUAGGUCCCAAGAGAGCCACCAAGAUCAGAAAGUUCUUCAACUUGUCCAAGGAAGAUGAUGUUAGAAAAUUCGUUGUUCGAAGGGAAGUUACCAAGAAGAACGGAAAGACCACCACCAAGGCUCCUAAGAUCCAACGACUCGUCACUCCUCUCCGACUCCAAAGAAAGAGACACCUCCGAUCUCUCAAGAAGAGAAGAACCGAAGCUCAAAAGGAGACCGUUGCCGACUACAAGGCCGCUCUCGCCAAACACGCCGAGGAGAAGAAAACCCACAACGCCGCUGUCAAAGCUGCCAAGAAAGCCAGACGAUCCGCUUAA